AUGUCCAACAGAAAUUAGAAGUCUAAAAGUCCACAAGUUUAAUAACCGAAAAUCAUAGACAAAGAUUUGAUGAAAUAUUUGAUAUUUUAGAAAAUUGUUAAACCAUAAGUGCCAUCAGAAUUGAUUAUGAAAACAUAACCAGAUGAAGAUUCUGAAGUUGAGGAUUUCAAACUUGAAAUAGAAAUGAAGUAUUUAUUAGCCCAUAUAAAUUCUAGGUAUAAGAAUUGUAAAAUUAAUCACACAUUCAAAUUUCCAAAAGAGAACUAUGAAUCCUCAUCGGAUACAUCUUUGCAAUCCUUAAAAGAUGUUUCAACUUAUAACUUAAAUUGUGAUAAUUUGGAUCGAUUGACUGAUGCAACUUAACCUCAUUUUAUGAAGGCUCUCAAUGAAAGAUUAAUGAAAUUAACAGAUCUGAUUGUUGAUGAAUCUCAAACAAAAACUAAAUAAUUUAACUAUGCCCCAAAUUUAAAGUCUUCCAGGUUUAAGAAAUUUAUAAUUUAGAAUAUAGAAGUUACGUGGAACCAAUAUAUCUAAUACAUCAAUUACAAAACCUACAGAGUUGUCUGUAAAUGCAGCCAGUCAAAGUUAAGGUAGAGAGAGUGUGAUUACGAAACCACCAUCAAAUUUAGGUUUCAGAGCUACACCUACAUUAUCAUCUGAAAAGAAAAAUAAAUCUAAAUAAAUUCAAUAAAUCUUGAAAAUUACUUAAUAAAAAUACAUAAAUAAUUAAAAGUAAUUCCAUUGUAGAUUUAUAGCGUAGGUGGGACCUUUUACAAAAAGACUCCUUAGGUCAAUAAUAAUUACAUAAACAUCAAUUCAAACAUUAAUAAUAGUAUAGUAGUUAAUGGGAAAAAGAAUUUCCAAGAUAUCAGAAUUAAAACUGAAUAGGAUGAACCUGAAAUUAGUUUAUAGUAAUAUUAGGUAAUACCGAAUUCCAGGUAUUCAUAAUUAUAUAUAAUUAGACCAAAAAUGAGAGAGUCUACAAUCAAGAGUAAAAAAUUGGAUAUAUCUAUUGGUUAUAAGAAUCUUACUUUGGACAGCCAAUACCCGGAAAAUUAUAGUCGCCAUGCUAAGAGUUAAAAUAAGAAUUAUAAGGUUUGAUUUUUAAUAUAAUUAUUAUAUAUUUUAUUCGUUUUUCAAGACUGCCUAUGAUAUUGAAUGAUAUUUCAAGAGAUGAUGAACAAUAAUCAUUUAUUAGCAUAACUGAUAAAGAUUAAACACUUCAAACAUAAACAAAUUUGAAAUAACAAAUCAAGAUGUUACCCCCAAUAUAUUUAUCAAUAUCACUAAUAGUUUUAUCAGCAGCUAUUUUGAGUCAGUUUUAAUAUGCAAGAGCUCAAACAUUCCCUUUAUUUUUAGAGUUACCUUUUUAAAAGAAUUAAUUAUUUACUGUAUUAUAUUUAAUAAAUUAUAUUUUAUAGAUUGGAAAUGCUUUAAUAAGUUUGAUAGGAAUUAUUAUCUAUUAUUUGGUUUUUUAAGCCAAUCAAUCAAAACCUAUAAGAAAGAGAUAUUCAACUAGAUAGAUUCCACAUAAAGUCUUUUCAUUUUAGAUAUUCUUAAGUGGAGCUCUAUCCCACUUAUCAUUUCUAGCAUUUGCUUUGCUUCCAAUUGAAUAAAAAAAUCAAUCUAAUUUUCUAUGUAUUUUAAUAAGAAAUCCAUAUAAUUUUAGAUACUGAAGAUAGAAUUUUAUUAACAUUUUCAUUUAUAAUGAAUUUCCUAUUCACCAGUUAUUACAUGUGUUAUAAAUAGGGUUCUUAAACAUCUAAACUCAGAAAUCAAUUAUAAACAUUUUCUUUGAGUUAACAAAUAAAAGCAGCUUUGUUUACAGUAAUUUGCUUUUUAUUUACUGCUUGUAUUUGAAUAAAUAUUUAAUUAAUCUAUUAUAGUUAUAUCAGUGAAUUUCAUUAGUAUUUUUAUGGGAAUGCCAAUUGCUUAAGGAGAACCAAGUUUAAAUGAUGGUUUAAGUGCAUCAGAAGAUUUUAUUGCAAACAUGGUUAGCGAAAUAUAUUCGACACUGUCAUAUAGUUUAUAUUUGAUGAAUUCAUUUUUUAUAGGAAUGUUUUAUUCUGACUUAUAGAAAGUAAUACAAGUGUUUUGAUUGUAGAUUAAUUUGAUUAUGAGUGUUGAUUAAGAAAUGAUGCUAAAUAGGAAUGAAAAAUCAAAGUGA